CCGCAAUUUGCAGGGCAGUUCAGUAACUAGGGCCGCUGUGUUUCUGUCGGCUUUCGCGCAGGGGGACGCAUAGUAGCGAGCGACUUCAGCGUGAUAAUGAGCAGGCAUACGGCGUGCAGAUGCGCCGGCAGCCCAGCCACGGGCGCGAUGGCGCUUCUGCUCAUAGUGCUCCUCACCCGCAGUGAGGUCGUGUCAGGCGCCAUGAGCCUGCCUCACCACCAGCGGGACCAGCACCAAGCCGAUGCGCGCACCAGUAACCCAGUUCAGUCCGCGGCUUGCCAUCAAGACGUGGUCCAGCAUCCCUUCUCAACGCGCCAGGGGGGUGUCCCUACGGCCGCCCUCAACGCACGCAACAGCGUGGCAGCCACGACUGCAGUCCCCUCCUCUACACCCGCGCUCACCCUGGUGCCGUCCAACCACCCCUUCGGCAGUCUUUCUGACAUGGUGCAAGGCAUGAACCGUAACAUCAUGAGCGGCAGCGACAGCCAUGAUGAUCACUACCCGGCUAGUCAGGUACAGCCGGUGGUGAGCGGUGGCAAGCAGCUGGAUGGAGGUGAAGAUGAGGGCGAGGGAGCGGCUCGGCAUCACCGCGCGCUGCUCCAGAGCUGCGCCGCCGGCACCAAGCCCUGCGGCAGCGGCUGUAUCUCUGCUGCUUUGGACUGCUGCUCGUCCAGUACGGGCAUGUACUGCCCCAUGGCUGGGAGCCGUUGCUGCGGAUCCAGCACCUGCAUGCCCGCGAACUCCACCUGCUGCUCCGCCGCCGCUGGCACGUGGUGCGGCGCCGGUGCCACUUGCUGCGGCGCGUCCUCUUCGGGCGGCAGCUGCUGCCCCUCCUCAGGCGGCUUCACGUGCACCUCAGCCGGCCAGUGCACGUGCCAGGCCGGCCGCACGUCGUGCGGGGCGUUCUGUUUGCAGCCCGGCUCCUCCUGCUGCUCGGUGGGCGCCAACGGGCAGAUCAACUUUUGUCCCGCGGGCAGCACCUGCUGCGGCAACACCUGCGUGCCGGCUGGCUCGUCGUGCUGCGGCCUCGGCGGCGCCGGGUGUCCCACGGGAACAAAGUGCUGCGGUAACUCCUGCGUGCCGAGCAGCAGCAACUGCUGCAGCAACGGCGUACUGUGCCCCUCCGGCUCCUCCUGCUGCGGCGAUACCUGCUGCCCGGAAGGAACGCAGUGCGACGGCGCGGGCAAGUGUGUGUGCAAGCCAGGCACCAUCACCUGCGGCUCGGUCUGCCUGCCCGCCAACUACUCAUGCUGCUCUGCCAGCGCCGAGGGUGUGGCGAACUACUGCUUUCCUGGGUCUAGCUGCUGUGGUGACACUUGCUUCCCUGCCGGCAGCAAGUGCUGCGGCGACGGAACUAUUUGCCCCACCGACCGCACGUGCUGCGGGGGCAAAUGCUGCGGGACCGGGUUUGAUUGCGUGGGCGGCACCUGCGUCUGCAAGGCUGGCACCAAGGCCUGCGGCGGCGCCUGCAUUCCCAGCGGCUCGGAGUGCUGCAGCACCGGCAACGGCACUGCCGUCUUCUGCGCCUCUGGCAGCACGUGUUGCCUCUCGGGAGCUGAUCCAACCUGCUGCCCCGCGGGCCUCCUGUGCAGCGGCAAGGGCACGUGCGUGCGGCCUCGCCCGCCAAAGGCACCUCCGAGCCCGCCGAAGCCCACACGCCCGCCACCGCGCCCUUUGCGGCAGCCGCCGCGCUCUGCCAGCCCUAAGCCGCCAAGCCCCAGGCCUCCGAGCGGUCGUUAACUGGCGGGUAGCCUAAUUAAGGCAGCGCUCGCGAGCUAAGUAUGUCGCUUGUCAUCGACUUUGCAUGAGUUUAGGUGCCACUGUGCCAGCCGCUUGGUUGCCUCUGCUCCGGCGCCGCUUGGGAACAUAUGGGAACUGGUGGUAGUCAGACUGCGGUUGGAGUUGGAGCAUCCUGGGUGGGCGGCAUGAACUUGUUUCUGUUUUUAGCAUAAGCAUACUGAGCAGGUUAGCAGGCAGCGCCAACGCAUGUCCGAUUUGGAGUGCACGGGGUGCUGCGGACUGCGGAUAUCCUGACGUCGGGCGGUCAAGGAACCAACGUGUUUUGGCACGCAAUACCUAGUCCAUGACGGCUCAUUUUGAUGGUGUGGGAAUGCAGUUAGAGGUUGUUCCAGUUUUGAGGUGACCAGACCCGAGCAGGGACCAUCCCGUGCCGGGCGGGUAACCGUGGACUCAUCGAGGACCGCGGGCGAUUGGUCAAUAAUCCCGCACUCCCAAUACGCUACGUGCUAUUGAAAUAUUAGCUGGCACCUGUGAGACUAUCAACUAAAAUCGC